GCCCUGUGUAUCCUGUAACACCAUCCCUUCCACCCAGAAUGUUCUGCCACCUGUGUCUGCCGGUUCGGAUACGUACUGCCCCUCAGCCAGUGAAGAACAGUAUCCGUCUCCUUGUGCAGUUCAUCUGCUAUAGCUUGGCCUGUGAUCGACUGGAAACCGAAGAGAGAAACCAUAUCUGUCCAUUCAUCCAAAGAUGCCCACAAAAUACCUGGCAAAGGAUGCACACUCAGUCUCUUCAGCAGGCCGCAUUUAAGAGAGGUCUCGUACACCUUUUGCCGGUGGCUGGAGCACGAUGGAUCCCCCAGGGGCACUGGACGCGGAGGAUGAAGUGGGGCCGUUAGCCCAUCUUGCCCCAAGUCCUCAAAGCGAAGCUGUUGCCCAUGAAUUCCAGGAGCUGUCCCUGCAGCCCAGCCAGCACCUGCCCCCGCUGAACGAGAGGAAGAACGUGCUCCAGCUGAGGCUCCAACAGAGGAGGACGAGAGAACAGCUGGUGGACCAGGGCAUCAUGCCACCUUUGAAGAGCCCAGCUGCAUUCCAUGAGCAGAUAAAAAGCUUGGAACGAGCCAGAACUGAAAACUUUUUGAAGCAUAAGAUUCGGAGCCGACCAGAUCGUUCUGAACUUGUCAGGAUGCACAUUUUAGAAGAAACAUUUGCAGAACCAUCCCUGCAGGCUACUCAGAUGAAGUUGAAAAGAGCUCGACUAGCGGAUGAUUUGAAUGAAAAGAUUGCUCAAAGACCUGGUCCUAUGGAGCUGGUAGAGAAAAACAUCCUUCCUGUAGACUCCAGUGUUAAGGAAGCAAUUAUAGGCGUUGGGAAGGAGGACUAUCCUCAAACUCAGGGCGAUUUCUCAUUUGACGAAGACAGCAGUGAUGCUCUGUCUCCAGACCAGCCAGCCAGCCAGGACUCGCAGGGGUCCGCCGCUUCCCCGACUGAGCCAAAAGUUAGUGAAUCGCCGUCUCCCGUGACUACAAGCACUCCAGCCCAGUUUACUUCAGUGUCCCCAGCAGUUCCUGAAUUCUUGAAAACUCCUGCUCCGGAUCAGCCCCCGACCAGGUCCCCCGCUCCUGUCCUCCCCACAAACACCGUGUCCUCAGCAAAGCCUGGCCCGUCGCUGGUGAAGCAAAGCCAUCCCAAGAACCCUAACGACAAACACCGGGGCAAGAAGUGCAAAGAUCCCAAGCCGCGGGUGAAGAAGCUCAAGUACCACCAGUACAUCCCGCCCGACCAGAAGGGGGAGAAGAGCGAGCCCCAGAUGGACUCCAACUACGCCCGCCUGCUCCAGCAGCAGCAGCUGUUCCUGCAGCUCCAGAUCCUGAGCCAGCAGCAGCAGCACUACAACUACCAGACCAUCCUGCCCGCGCCGCUCAAGCCACUCAAUGACAAAAAUAACAACAGUGGGAAUUCAGCUCUGAACAGCACCACGCCUAAUACACCAAGACAGAAUCCAUCUGCUUCCUUGAGAAAGCCGGGGCCCCUGCCUUCUAGCCUGGAUGACUUAAAGGUGUCGGAACUGAAGACGGAGCUGAAGUUACGGGGUCUUCCGGUGUCGGGCACCAAACCGGACCUCAUCGAACGCCUGAAGCCCUACCAGGAAGUGAACAGCAGCGCUGUUGCUGCCGGCGGCGUCCUGGCGGUGCCAGCGUCUGCCAUCGUCGCCAGCAACCCAGAAGUCACCGUGGCACUGCCGGUGACAACGCUGCACAACUCCGUGACGAGCUCGGGCCCCUCUUUCAAGGCAGAGUUGCCGCCUGCCGGAAGCAGCAACGUCACCCACGCCGAGAGCGUCAGCUCCCCCCUGCCCAUCUCGCCUUCCCCCUCCGAGCAGUCCAGUCUCGGGACCGAGGACACAAGCAUGGCAGACACGUUCACCGAGAUCAUGACCAUGAUGUCUCCCGCGCAGUUCCUGUGCUCGUCGCCGCUGAGAGUGACGGGCAGCGAGGACAGCCCGAGUCCCGCCAGCAGCACGCUGUCGAGUCUGGAACUGGACGCGGCCGAGAAGGACCGCAAGCUGCAGGAGAAAGAGAAGCAGAUCGAGGAGCUAAAGAGGAAACUGGAACAGGAGCAGAAGCUCGUGGAAGUUCUGAAAAUGCAGCUUGAGGUUGAAAAGCGAGGGCAGCGGCAGCAGCAGCCGCUGGAACCCCAGCCCGGCGCCGCGGCCAGCUCGGCCGGCAAGUUAGAUCCGAAGCAUGGCGGUGUGGGCUCCCCCGUCAAGGACGAGACCGCGCUGCCCGACUGCUCCAGCCCCAGGCGGCCUGGCCCGCUGGCCAGCCAUCCUGUGGGCCAGCCCGUCUCGGCGGGCAGCCAGACCCUGGUUGCCAAAAAGGCCGUAGUGAUCAAGCAGGAGGUCCCCGUGGCCCAGGCCGAGCAGCAGAGCGUCGUCCCGCAGUUUUACGUGAGUUCCCAGGGACAGCCGCCGCCUGCCGUUGUCGCUCAGCCUCAGGCUUUACUGACCACACAAACCGCUCAGCUGCUGCUGCCGCUGUCCAUCCAGGGCUCCAAUGUCACCUCAGUGCAACUCCCAGUAGGCAGCCUCAGACUCCAGACUCCACCACAAGCAGGAAUCCAGACUCAGACUCAGCCGCAGACAGCAGCCACCACCCUGUCCUCAGGCUUAGCCCAGACCGUACCUCAGAAGCAAGAAGCUUUCACGCCACAUGUGCUCAAUCAGCCUCAGCAAGUUAGAAAGGUUUUCACGAACUCGGCAUCAAAUUCAGUUCUUCCGUAUGAGAGACCACCUGCUCCAGCAGUCCAGCAGCCCUUUGUGAACAAGACCUCCACCAGUGUUCUUCAGUCCAGAAGCGCACCACUUGCCUCCCUGCAGAAUGGACCUACCGCUUCCAACAAGCCUAGUUCGCCCCCUCCACCCCAGCAGUGCGUCGUCCAGCACUCCCUGUUUGGGAGCCCGGUCCCCAAGACAAAAGACCCUCCCCGCUACGAGGAGGCCAUCAAGCAGACACGUGGUGCCCCGUCCUCCCUUCCAGAGAUUUCCAGUGCACACAGUCAGCAGAUGGACGACCUCUUUGAUAUACUUAUCAAGAGUGGAGAGAUUUCCCUCCCUAUAAAAGAAGAGCCUUCUCCCAUUUCCAAAAUGAGACCAGUGACAGCCAGCAUCACCACAAUGCCAGUCAACACAGUGGUGUCCCGGCCCCCGCCCCAAGUCCAAAUGGCACCACCCGUCUCCUUAGAACCCCUGAGCAGUUUAUCUGCCAGCUUAGAGAACCAGCUAGAAGCUUUCUUGGAUGGAACUUUACCUUCGGCCAACGAAAUUGUUCCCCUGCAAAGCAGCAGUGAAGACAGAGAGCCCUUCUCUCUGAUCGAGGACCUCCAAAAUGACUUGCUGAGUCACUCAAGUGUGCUGGACCAUUCACACUCACCCAUGGAGACUUCUGAAGCCCAGUUUGCUGCAAGUACCCCCUGUCUGUCACUUGACCUCUCUGACUCAAACUUAGACAACAUGGAGUGGCUGGACAUUACCAUGCCCAACACGUCGGGACUCACUCCCCUCAGCGCCACCGCUCCCAGCAUGUUCUCCACUGACUUUCUAGAUCCACAAGACCUGCCGUUGCCAUGGGACUAACAUCACAGAUUUCUCGUCCGAGUUCCUGACGUCUAAGAAGAUGAAGAUCGUUCUGAAGAGGGCAGUUUUUAGAGACAGAUCCAUAGCGGCGUUGUUGCAAUUAAAAUACGUUGUCAUAGAAAGGGUGGCUAGAUGGUCACAGCCUGGAAACCAAGUGUGAAAACAUGUCAUUGCAUCCGGCGGUGAAUUUCUACAAUUUAACAUAGCACGGGGCCUUCUGAAAAAAUCGCUGGUCAAAGAAGACUCAUUCGUUUUUCCAGACUUCAGUAAAGAAUGCAGAGUACCUUUAGAUAAAGACAUGACAGAGAGUGACGUGUGCAGGAUAACUACAUGAGGGUUCUCCGUCAACUACAUUUAAACCUCUGUGGUCGCUUUAAAGACCCCAAAUAGAAGGCAGACGGCUCCACUCACAAGAGGAUGCCAGUUGAGGGAGGUGAGAGGUCACUGCACGUGGUGUUUCCUAGAAAUGGCCUGAGCCUGGUCAGGCAGCACAGGCAGUGGAGAGAGAGCGCCAGCCAGUUCCGGGACAGCUUCCAGCUGAAGAUUUUCGGUUCCAUUCAGAAACCAACAUAAUUUUUUGUGUGUUGUAGUUUAUUUUGUGGUUUGGGGAAUCUUACUUUAGAUUCCCAAAUUUCAAUUCAAAUGGAUGAUCUUUCACCAUCACCAGACAAUGUAAAAAAAAACAAAAAAAAAAACAAAAAAAAACAAAAAC